AUGAUAUCAACACCGUUAGCGACGGGAGUAAUCGGACUCGCGAUUAUCUUUUUCCUUCAUUCGAUCAUAUCUCCUCUUCUGAAUGAUUCGCUUGCGAGAAUUCCAGGACCGAAACUAUAUGCCCUUACCAAGUGGAGACUCGCGCUAGAAGAUUGGAAAGGGACACGCACCCGCCGGAUCUAUGAGCUUCACAAGAAAUACGGUCCUGUUGUGCGGAUAGGCCCAAACGAGGUCGCUUUCAACAGCCUUUCGGCAUUGCGAACUAUAUAUGGCGCUGGCAGUGGAUUUGAAAGAACAUCGUUCUAUAGCAUGUUCGACGUAUACACCAAGAAAAAUCUCUUCACUUUUGCGUCCGUUCGGGAGCACUCACAACGGAAAAGACUCAUUGCUCAUGCCUAUUCCAAGUCAGCAAUCACUAAGCGAUCCUCGAAUAUGAUUGAAGAGAAAGUUCUCGGCUAUCUAAAUCUGAUUGAGCAGGACCCCGACAGUGCAGAGGAACUUUUUUCGAGUUUGCAUUAUUUUUCAUUGGAUUCCAUCACGGAUUUUCUUUAUGGAAACUUGGGCAGGACACAGUGUUUGAAAGGCAUCAAUCGUGACUUGCUAGAUGACAUAAUGGAUACCGACCGCCAAAAACUGUCAUGGUUCAUUGUGCACUUGCCAUCUUUUACGAAAUGGCUCUAUUCCUCGACUGGUGUGAUGGAACCGCUUUUACGGAAGCUCUAUCCGAUGAAUAAACCGACAACAUACACAGGGAUUCGUGCUUACGCCUUGGAUGCCUGGUAUCGUUUCAAAGACUGCUCAAACGAUAUCAAAGAAGCGCAGCAAAAUACAAUCCUUGGCAAUUUAUGGAAAACCCAUCAGAGUCAGAAGGAUAAUGGUCUCGACGAUAUGGAGAUUGCUUCGGAAUGUGCGGACCAUUUGCUUGCUGGUAUUGAUACGACAUCGGAUACUUUGAUGUUUAUGAUCUGGGCCCUUUCACGACCCGAGAAUCUGAAGUUCCAGCGUAAACUUCAGGAAGAAAUCCGAUCUCUGCCCGCAGAUUUGUUCAACGCUGAUGGAAUUGCUUCCGCCGAAACAUGCGACAAGUUGCUGUAUCUCGACGCCGUCAUUAAAGAGACAUUGCGACUUUAUGCGCCUUUGCCAGCAUCUGAACCUCGGAGCUUCCCUGCCGAAUCCACAAUUGAUGGGUAUACCGUACCGGCUCGUACCACCGUUAGCAUGUCGCCUUAUUGCAUUCAUCGUAAUGAGCAAGUAUUUGACGAACCAACAAUGUUUAACCCUGAUCGAUGGUUGGGCAAGGAAGAAGAUCUUGCCGAGAUGAACAGAUGGUUCUGGGCCUUUUCAAGCGGAGCAAGAAUGUGUAUUGGAAUGCAUCUUGCGAUGGCGGAGAUGACGACCCUGGCAACGGCUUUAUAUAGGAAAUACUCGACAUCCUUGAAACCAAAUUUCAAUGGCAUAUCCCCGGGUGCGACUAGUCGAUUUGAGGUACUUUCUGACGCGAAGUAUAGUAAGGUUGCAGAGCAUAAAUGCUAUAUUUCCUUCAAAAAGAUGUAG